GAGGGGAGCGGAGAGGCGGGUGGUGGGAAGCCAGGAGGAAAAACAUUAGCCCUCAUUUCUCUUCACUUAGGGGAGAUUUCUUGUUUCUUUCCAGGACUGCAGCUGGCGACGCGCAGCCCGGCCGCAGGACGCACAGCACGGAGCCAGGACGCACGACUGGUAUGAUGGAUAGAUAGCAGGAAGAAGAGGAGGAAGAGAAGAUGUCGUUCUUUGGCAUGGACUGUUUCAGGAAGAAAGAGAGAGAGCUGGAGAGGAAACUCUGCGCCAACGACCGCGAGUACAACCUCUCCUUUAAAUAUGCAACGAACGCCAUCAAGACCUCCAAGUACAACCCCUUCACCUUCCUACCUCUUAACCUGUUUGAGCAGUUCCAGAGGAUUGCUAAUGCCUACUUCCUGUUUCUGCUGGUGCUCCAGGUGAUUCCUCAGAUCUCCUCUCUGUCCUGGUUCACCACAGUCGUGCCUCUGGUCCUCGUGCUGACAGUCACCGCUGCCAAAGAUGCCACCGACGAUAUCAAUCGCCACAGGAGCGACAAUCAAGUCAACAACAGAAAAGUUCAAGUCCUGAUUGACGGAAAACUGCGGAGCGAGAAAUGGAUGGAUGUCCAGGUGGGAGACAUCAUCAGGCUGGAAAACAACCAGUUUGUCACUGCCGACCUCCUGUUGCUCUCCAGCAGUGAACCACUCAACCUGGUGUACAUCGAGACAGCAGAACUGGAUGGAGAGACUAACCUGAAGGUGAGACAGGCCCUGACCGUGACAGGAGACCUGGGAGAGGAUAGCGAAAAACUGGCAGACUUCAACGGCGAGGUACGCUGUGAACCCCCCAACAACCGCCUCGACCGCUUCACAGGAACGCUAACCUACGCCGGUCAGAAAUACCCGCUGGACAACGAGAAGAUCCUGCUGCGAGGCUGCACCCUGAGGAACACUGAGUGGUGCUUUGGACUCGUGCUGUUUGCAGGUCCAGAGACGAAACUGAUGCAGAACUCUGGGAAAACUACGUUUAAGAGGACCAGUAUAGACCGACUGAUGAAUGUCCUAGUCCUUUGUAUUUUUGGUUUCCUGGCCUUCAUGUGCACCAUCCUUGCGAUAGGAAACUGCUUCUGGGAAAUGAACGAAGGCUCACAGUUCAUGGUUUUCCUGCCCAGACAAGACGGCAACAACGCUGCCUUCUCCGCCUUCCUCACGUUCUGGUCCUACGUCAUCAUCCUCAACACCGUGGUGCCCAUCUCUCUCUAUGUUAGUGUGGAGAUCAUUCGGCUGGGGAACAGCUUCUAUAUCGACUGGGACAGGAAAAUGUACUUUUCACGGUACAACACCCCCGCAGAGGCUCGCACCACCACGCUAAACGAGGAGCUCGGCCAGAUCAAGUACAUCUUCAGUGACAAAACCGGGACGCUCACCCAGAAUGUCAUGACUUUCAACAAGUGCUCCAUCAACGGCAAAUCUUACGGGGAUGUUUAUGACUACACAGGUCAAAGACUAGAAAUUACUAAGCAUACAGACACGGUGGACUUCUCUUUCAACCCGCUGGCUGACCCCCGCUUCAUGUUCCACGACCACGCCCUGGUGGAGGCGGUGAAGCUGGAGGACCCAGAGGUCCACGCCUUCUUCAGACUGUUGGCCCUCUGCCACACCGUCAUGGCCGAGGAGAAGAAAGAAGGUGAGCUUUUCUAUCAAGCCCAGUCUCCAGAUGAGGGAGCACUGGUUACAGCGGCCCGAAACUUUGGAUUUGUCUUCCGCUCGCGCACACCAGACAGCGUUUCCAUCGUGGAAAUGGGGGAAGAGCGCAGCUAUGAACUCCUGGCCAUCUUGGAUUUCAACAACGUCCGCAAGAGAAUGUCCAUCAUAGUUCGGAGUCCAGAGGGGAAGCUCUGUCUCUACUGUAAAGGUGCAGACACAAUCAUCUACGAGAGGCUGCAUCAGUCCUGCAGCAAGCUGAUGGACGUCACUACAGAGCACCUUAAUGAGUUUGCAGGGGAGGGCCUGCGGACUCUGGCGCUGGCCUAUAAGAAUCUGGAUGAGGAGUAUUUCAACCAGUGGAAACAGCGCCACCAUGAGGCCAGCACCGAGCUUGACAACCAAGAGAGCAAACUGGACGAGCUGUACGAGGAGAUAGAGAAGGAUCUGCUGCUGCUUGGAGCAACAGCCAUAGAAGACAAGUUACAAGACGGAGUACCUCAGACUAUCGAGCAGUUGUCCAAAGCCAACAUCAAAAUCUGGGUUUUGACUGGUGACAAGCAAGAAACUGCAGAAAACAUUGGGUACUCGUGCAACUUACUGCGGGAGGAGAUGAACGACGUCUUUAUCGUCUCGGGCAACUCACCUGAGGAUGUCAGACAGGAACUCAGAAAUGCACGGACCUCCAUGAAACCAGUCGAGGAUUCAAUGUUUCUGCCAGAAAGGACUUUGGGUAAAGGUGUGAAAUUGAUCGCAGACGAGUUGGUAAAUGGAGAGUACGGCCUGGUCAUCAACGGACACAGCCUGGCGUACGCCCUGGAGGGCAGCAUGGAGCUGGAGUUCCUGAGGACGGCGUGUAUGUGUAAAGCAGUUAUCUGCUGCCGGGUCACUCCUCUGCAGAAGGCUCAGGUGGUCGAGCUGGUCAAGAAGUACAAGCAGGCGGUCACACUGGCCAUAGGAGAUGGAGCCAACGACGUCAGCAUGAUCAAAGCGGCUCAUAUAGGCGUGGGCAUCUCAGGCCAGGAGGGCAUGCAGGCCGUGCUGUCCAGCGACUACUCCUUCGCCCAGUUCCGCUUCCUGCAGCGCCUCCUGCUGGUGCACGGCCGCUGGUCCUACCUACGCAUGUGCAAGUUCCUGCGCUACUUCUUCUACAAGAACUUCACCUUCACCUUCGUCCACUUCUGGUACGGCUUCUUCUGCGGCUUCUCUGCACAGACGGUGUAUGAUGAGUGGUUCAUAACACUCUACAAUCUGGUGUACACAGCACUACCUGUCCUGGGAAUGAGUCUGUUUGAUCAGGAUGUGAACGACGUGUGGAGUUUCCAGUAUCCUCAGCUCUACAUUCCCGGUCAACUCAACCUGUACUUCAGCAAGAAGGCCUUCUUCAAGUGUGCUCUCCACAGCUGCUACAGCUCCAUGGUGCUCUUUUUCAUCCCUUACGCAGCCAUGCACAACACCGUGAGGGACGACGGGAAGGACGUCGCCGACUACCAGUCCUUCGCUCUCCUCACCCAGACAUGUCUGCUGUUUGCCGUCACCAUCCAAUUAGGGUUGGAGAUGUCCUACUGGACAGCGGUGAACACUUUCUUCGUGUUGGGCAGCCUGGCCAUGUACUUUGCUGUCACCUUCACCAUGUACAGCAAUGGCAUGUUUCUCAUAUUGCCGUCAGCCUUCCCUUUCAUAGGAACAGCCCGGAACUCUCUGAACCAGCCUAACAUGUGGCUGACGAUCCUCCUCACCUCCAUCCUGUGUGUCCUUCCUGUGGUUACCUACCGCUUCCUGUUUAUUCAGCUCUGCCCCACCAUCAAUGACAAGGUGAUGUUCAAGGUGAGACAGGCCAAAGCAACACCUGCCCCCCCGCCUCUACGCACCCGCAUCCGCCGCACCAGCUCCCGUCGCUCAGGCUACGCCUUCUCGCACGCGCAGGGCUACGGGGACCUGGUGACUUCAGGCCGGUUCUUGCGGCGUCCUGCUUUGUCGGGAUCUUCAGGUUUCGCCAACAUAGGUCGCACCACAACUGGAUUCAGUCCCAUGGGACGAUCGGCUGGAUACAGCCCGACAGGACGCCCCCAGAACGCCAAGGUCCCAGAUGUGGAGGUGACGUCUCUGCAGAUGUACAGGACUGUCAGAGAUCCUGCUUUCUGACAGACAGCUGGUUAUCUUCCAAAUGGAAGAUCUGGGAGAAGGAGUAAUGCAAGCUAAACAGCUGGAUGCCCCUGGUGUUUUUAAGCUCCCAUUCAUACAUUUGUUACCAUGAAGAACUUGUUUGGGAUUUCCAGAGAACUUCAUGUCAAGGAUUUUAACGAUCUGUCUCUCAUCUGUCCAAUCACCUAAGACAAGGUUUGAAAAGUGCACGACUUUUGCUCCAAGCAUUUCAUUUUGUAAAAGUUUUAUCAAAGGGAACUACAGCAAAAUGUGUCGCCACUUCUGAUGGGUACAUGGAUCACUUUCCUCAGAUCAUGAGUAUUCAUGUAAAACAUGCCUCAUGCAGAGCCAACAGAUGAAAUCUUUCUGACACGAAAAAACAGUAACAGGAUGAUUCACUUUCAGAUUGGAACAACCACAGAGGGGAAACAUUUUGGCUUCAUGAGAAGGACAAAGUGUCAUCAUGUUUACAGACUACCAAGAUUUCCUUAACCCUGGGAGUCUAGAUGCACAGCAGGAUACAACCAACAAAGCCAUUUUGCAUAAGAAUAUUUUAAUUUUGUACUUUUAAGUGUCUUUUUAAAGCAUUUUAUUUUGCUAUCUCGAAAGCUGUUUGCCCUUUGGCAGCAUCACAUGGCAGCAGGGGAUAACUGAAUGUCUGGAAGAUCAUGAAUGUUUCAAAAAGUGCUCCCAACAAAUGUUCAUCUUCUCAGAGGAAGAGAAGUUAUGGCAAGCAUUGUUGGUCAAUCCAGCAUUUGUUGGAAAUGUUUCUUUUUACAGUAUGUUUUUUUUCCAUUACUUACUGAAAGAAUUUCAUGCAACUUUAAUGAAUUUAAGGAGAAGAAAACAGAAUAUUUAUAUGUAGCAGACCCUAUUUUUGAUUUACACCUAAACCACAGGCACAUUUAAAUUACAAUCUAAAGGACCACUGUGUAAUCGGACAUACUUUAUACUUAAAGGGUUUAUGAGUUGUAAGUAAUCAUUUUAUUAUUGGUUAGAAUAAAUAAAUAACAUAUAAUUGCUUUACAGAUAAGAAAUAAGCUACAAUGUUAAUUAAUAAGAACAAUGUUUGGACUGUACUGCCAGGUUGUAAAAAUGUAUAUAACUUUCUCUGUCUUUUCAGAUAACUCCUCAAUGCAGCUUGACAGGUUAUUCUGAAGGGAGAAACCUAAAAAGUCUUUAUUUAUAAUAGCUAAUUAGGAGUCAUAAAGGUCAUUUUUUUACAGAUACAAUUAAUAGUAAGUAAUAAAUAAAACAGUUCUUAUACUUCAGUAAUCCGUCAAGUAUGGCGUUUAAUAAUUUAUUCUUAAGUGCACUGCUAUUAACACUAUUAAAACUAUUUAUUAUAGUAGUUUGAAUGAAAUUUGUCGUCCAAAGAGAGAUAAUGGUGCCGGGCCAAUUUAGAGUCACCAAUCAACACAACUUUCUUUGGCUUUUUUUACAACCUGGCAACCUAAAAGUUGCUCUCUCUAAUAGUUUAUUCCUGAUUGGAACAAUUUCUAAAGAAUGUCUUAUUACAAAGUGGUACCAACAUUUUCUACAGUGCAUCUUUAUGGGAGCAUGAAAUGUCUAAAAUGUACCUCAGUGUUCAGGUCUUGGGUUUACAUUUUUAGUUGUUUUCCAACUCUAGCAACUGAGAAUCUAAAGCCCUGUUCAAGCCUACUGUGUAGCCCACGGGUAUAUAACCAGAUCAUGUCUAGAUCCAGUUUAGAGGGAUAGUAGUUCAAAUAUGUGUACCAGAAUGUGUCUUAAAUGCACCUUGAGUGACCACUUGAGACAAAAUUCUGCAUCCCUACCAAUAAAUAUGGAAAACUGCACAUUUUCACCUCAUCAGACAGCAUGAGAAGUGGGCUACGCCGACCAUACAGACGUUAGAGAUUGUCUGAGUUGUUUGCUGUAGGAAAAUCAGCCACAUCUACCUGUGUUUGGGAGGUUUAUUGUACUGUACACACACUACACAGUUGACUGGGUGAUCCUAUAAUCCAUUCCUUUUAGUGCCGGGUGUGGGCAGAGCCUAAAAAACACUGCUUAGACAAUUCCCAUGAACUUUUAAUCUUGCAGCAUAAAUCAUAAUGAUGUUAUACCCUAUUUUAAAAUCAAGAUACUGUAUCAUAUCAUGCAUAGUCAUUAUUUCAAAAUCAUGUAUUUGCUUCAGCAACAAGCUUGCUGCUUUAUGUCUGACAAUCAACUUGGUAGUUAGCUGUAUUUCUAAUUUUAAUAAGUAGUGUAUCUUAUGUGGCUUGUUUCCAACAUCCUUCUCUCUUUAGUUCACUGAAAAUAUGAGCUAACGUAGAAGGACACACAGAAGCUGCCUUAAUAUUAAAGAAAAAAAAAAGUCCUAUAUAAUGCAAUGCAGAGACAACAGUGACAAGAAUGUUUGAUGGAAGAUAAGGAUGUUACAAAACAAUUAUGCAACCCAGUCAAGGAUUAGCAAUGUUUUUAAGUUAAGCAAACAUAUUAUUCUAUACAGGUGUUAUUUUUUUAAAUGUCGUAUUUCUUGUUUCAACCUGGAGAUGAUAGCUGGUCCGUGGGAUCAAUCAUUAAUUUAUUUGGUGUGUGAAGGUUUAAAGAAUGGGCCAAAAUGUAAUUUGUUUUAUAAUUAGUUAAUAAGGACAUUUUAAUAUUUAAUAGUUCCCUAUAUUCUUUCUUUUCCAUGCCUUGUGAUAUCCAUGGAUAUGCAAUUAGUGGUUUAAUUCACUCAUCAGUUUUUCAUCUACAGUUCAAUUUAAGCCAUUAACACGGCUGAUGGAUGCAUUACUGUGGUGUUUUUAUCUGAACAUCUGUCACCACAAUGAGAUUCAAUGAGUUGUUGCCCAGAAUUGAAUGUACUAGCCCACUAACCCUGGUGGUGAACCAAAGAUAUUUUUUUUUCAAGGCUUUGCGUGUCAUAGUUCACUCUAAAGUGAAAAAGUUGCUCAUCAAACAGAAUCUGAUGCUGAAGGUCAGUGUGGUGAAGCUGGUUUGCAUCACCGACAACUUACUUAUUACUUACAAGUGUUUUUUAUGGAAUAAUGUCAAAGUUUGAAUAUGCAUAGGAGCCAUUUAUUACUGUUACUGUAAUUGAAUCUUUGCCCAAUUGUGUGUAAAUCAAGCUCAAAAUCAAGUUUUGUUGUAUGUUUUCAGUGUUUUGAGGAAGGGUCUGGUAGUCCACUUGUAUGUCCAAUGUUACCAAUUUGAUCGUAGCGGGGUCCGUUUCACAAAAGCAAUCUGCAAGCGCUGCUUACUUCCAGCUCACAGAUGGUGAAUGAAAACUUUAUAUUUAUUAGUAUAUCAUAUAUCUUUCGCACUGAAGACUGAAACCGUAACAUAAGGGAUUUUUGAUAACUGUUUCUCAAACGUGGCAAAAGUAUUCAGUGAUGUUUGCUCUGCUCUUACUGAUAAGCAUUUUGCAUCAUUUUGUACUAAAAAAAAAACGUUUACUGCAAUAAAAGUACUACAAUGUC